CUUUCUCUUUUCAAUUUCUUUCUAUUGUUCCCUUUGGAUGUUUUUUUUUUUUCAUAAAUCAAGUUUGCUUUAGUUGAUCGCUGAACCUGAAACUCGUCUUUUCGAAAGCGAAGUGGUCCUUGUUUAUGUGAAUUUCGAGAGGAAGUAGGUUCUGAAUAUUAUUAGGCUUUCAUCUCAGACAGAGUGUUGUGAAAAAUGAUAGAUCUAAGCACGCUCAAUCCCGCACAGAUUACCGUGCUGGGAUCCGCGUUUUGUGUUAUGCUUUCCAUGCAUUUCACAUCGCAGUUAUUAUCUCAGCAUCUCUUCUAUUGGAAGAAUCCAAAAGAGCAAAAGGCUAUUAUCAUCAUCAUUCUUAUGGCUCCCCUUUAUGCAACUGUCUCCUUUGUGGGUCUCUUGGAUAUUAGAGGAAGCAAAGAGUUUUUCACCUUUUUGGAGUCAGUCAAAGAAUGUUAUGAAGCUUUGGUCAUUGCCAAGUUUCUGGCUUUGAUGUAUAGUUACUUGAACAUAUCAAUGAGUGGAAACAUUGUGCCUGAUGAAAUUAAAGGCAGGGAAAUUCACCACUCUUUUCCCAUGACACUUUUUCAGCCUCGUACUGUUCACCUGGACUACCGUAAUUUGAAGCUUCUAAAAUAUUGGACAUGGCAAUUUGUUGUUAUCCGUCCAGUAUGUUCCAUUCUGAUGAUAGCAUUGCAGUUACUUGGGCUGUAUCCAACUUGGUUGAGCUGGACAUUCACCGUCAUCCUCAACAUAUCUGUGUCGUUAGCCUUGUAUUCUCUGGUGGUCUUUUACCAUGUGUUUGCUAAAGAACUGGCACCACACACGCCUCUAGCGAAAUUCUUGUGUAUCAAAGGAAUUGUUUUCUUCUGCUUUUGGCAGGGAAUGGUUCUGGACCUUUUAGCAAAAUUUGGUGUCAUUCAAUCUCGUCAUUUGCGGUUAGAUGUGGAGCACAUUGAAGAAGCUAUGCAGAAUAUUUUGGUAUGUCUAGAGAUGGUUAUCUUUUCUGUUCUGCAACAGUAUGCUUAUCAUCCUGCACCAUAUAGCGGAGAAGUUGAGAAAAUGCUUAGACAAAACAAGAAAAAUGACUAAGUAUUAUAAGCUAAAAAAAUCAGGCUACAGAGAUGUAUUUAAGAGUUCUUCACUGUGGAGCUAGAAACAUGAAAACAUUGAUGCCAAGUGGAAUUGUUAUUUUUUAAUGUUAGUUUACUGUACAAGGCUGCCCAUCCACCACCUGUGUAAUGUUUUCCUUUUAGUUGUAAUUUCCCAGCCAUAGUAAAAGAGAUUUAGUUUUUAUUAUCAUUAUUCGCACCGGAUGACCAUUUGCUCAAUCAGAGACACUUUCAUGGUCUGGAUCGAGGGAAUAGCUGAUCAAUACAUUAACUGAAACUUAAAUUAUUUUGCCUAUUGAUUUGAU